UCCGUGUUUUGAGGCGAGCAGUGGGGCGGCAAAGGAGGCCAAAGUGUCGUAAACCAGCCAGCGUAGAAGCCACGAUGAACUUGCGUGAAGCUCAAAGUGAGCUACGGCAGCUCUUGAGCAGAGUCGAACCUUCUCAGCUGCCGAAGCUGCUCGACUGGAUGCGAACUUCAGAUGAGUUGGAUGAGAUGCUGGUGGACAACAAUCAAGUCAUCUUGAGGUGCAUCGCUGAUGACAUCAGGGACAGCCUGCCGACGGACGCCAUGCUCGCGUGUGAGGCGAACGCCCUGCAUAAGAUGAAGCAGCGCGCGCGUCCGACCGUCCACGUAGACGCCUUCCUGUAUGACGACGAGCACGUGGACUCCCUCUGCGAGGCGGGAAGGAUGAGUCGAUGCUACUGUCUCAAAUGCGGAUCCUGCAGCACGGCGCCUCUGGACUUUGUCUCGCACUCGUUCUCCAUGUGCGAGCUGCUCUUCUUGUUCCAAAACGUUCUGCCGGACCUGAGGGGUCGUACGCUGGUGGACGUCGGGUCAAGACUGGGGGCCGUGCUCUACGGGGGCUACGUGUAUAGCUCGGCGUCCCGGCUGGUUGGCGUGGAGAUCAGCGAGGAGUUUGUUCAGCUGCAAAAUAAAAUCGUGCUCAAGUACGGGAUGGACGCCAGAGUCCAGGUCAUCCACGCUGACGUGUGCACGCAGGAGGCUCUGCUGCGGAAUGCCGACGUGGUGGUCAUGAACAACGUCUUUGAGUAUUUCAUGGAGCCCGGCGAGCAAGUCAGGACCUGGAGAUUCAUCAUGCAAGCAUUCAGGAAACGAGGUUCUUUGCUGGUGACGGUUCCCGGUCUGCAUGAAGCUCUCCAACCUCUGCAGGAGCCGCUGCCGGCCGGCUGGGUGGAGGAGCUUCCUUUGGACUACCACGUAUAUGUGGGUAAAGACGCCGACCCUGAGGAUCUGCGACAGAUCCACCUGUACAGGGUCUUAUGACCUGGACUGUUUUCUCAAGUGUGUGCUUGUCAAGUAAAUCCGGAAAAAAAAUAAUGCGGAUUGGAAAAUGGAUGGAUGGAUGUUUUGACUUUGGUCAUAAUUGUUGUACUUGGUGGUUUAUUUAUUUUUUUUGCACUUGUGUAUAUUUGAGAACCAGUAAACCAGAUUUAUAUCUUACAUAGUCUAAAAA